AUGUCAGUCAAGACAGUCUUCCUUUCAUUGCUGGCGUUAUCCGGAGCGGUAUCGUUGCCACAGACUGACUACGAUGUCAUUAUCGUCGGUGGAGGCCCCGCGGGUCUCAGCGCCCUCAGCGGUGUUUCUCGUGUCAGACGCAACGCUCUGUUGUUUGACAACCAGCAGUAUCGGAAUGCCCCGACCCGAGAAAUGCACGAUGUCAUCGGAAACGACGGCACCCCACCUGCGACUUUCCGAGGUCUAGCUCGAGAGCAGAUUUCGAAAUACGAUACCGCUCACUUCAAGAAUGAGACAGUGGAAUCUAUCGUUCCUUUAGAUGGCGAUUUUUCCGCCUUCAAUGUCACCGAUGCUACCGGAGAGAGCUAUACAGCGCGCAAAAUUGUGCUUGGUACUGGUUUGCGUGACCUUCUUCCCUCAACGCCCGGUCUACGUGAAGCAUUCGGAAAGGGAAUUUUCUGGUGUCCAUGGUGCGACGGUUAUGAGCACCGCGAUCAGCCUUUCGGCAUUGUCGCUGAUAUCGCCAGCGUGCUUGGUGCCGUCUUGGAAGUCCACACCUUGAACAGCGAUAUCAUUGCCUUCACCAAUGGGACGCGGACACCUGAAGGAGAGGCUCGUGCCUCACAGAAGUAUCCAGACUGGGAUAAGCAGCUGGAGGCUUGGGGUGUCCCCUUCGAUAACCGUAUCAUCGAAUCUUUUGAACGUCUCCAAGACGGUGGUACUCACCGUGAUCAGGACGAAGACAAGCAGUACGACAAAUUCCGCGUUCACUUCACCGAGGGUGAGCCGGUCGAGCGUAAUGCUUUCCUGGUUGACUACCCCACCGAUCAGACCUCGACCCUCCCAGCUCAGAUGGGUCUUGAGAUGGACAACAGGAAGAUCAAGGUCACCAGUGCUAUGCGAACCAACGAAACUGGUGUCUUUGCUAUCGGGGACGCAAAUAGCGAUGGUUCCACCAACGUCCCUCAUGCUAUGUUCAGCGGCAAGCGUGCUGCCGUUUACAUUCACGUUGAAAUGUCUCGCGAGGAAUCAAAGUCAAUAAUUUCUAAGCGUGAAGGAAUGAUAUCUCAUCGUGAGCUUGAGGAGGAGGCCUACAACGCAAUAGGUGACAACCUUGAGCGAGAAUGGAAGCGCGCACAAGGUCUAUAG